CCCCCUCCUCAGAGCUGGGGAAGGGCAAACUGUUGUUUUCCUUUGUUUUUUAUUAAAAACUCAUGACCGUGAGCCUGAAGUGAGAGCAGAAUGACUCUGCUUCUUUUUGGGGAAAAAAAGACUUUUCAAGAGACCAGAAGCAGAGCUUUUCUAUCCAAAUCUUACUUCUGUUUAAAUCCUUCCAACCUUCCUGUGACUCCCAAACCAGGGGUGCUCUCGAUGUGGACAGCAGAUACUCCCAAACAGUCCCUGAAAUGAAGCAAUGAAACUUCAAUGAACCACACAACAGCAGUGGAAUUUGUCCUCUUGGGACUGACCAAUAGCCGCCAUUUGGAGAUCAUCCUCUUUCUGUUUCUUGUGAUAGCCUACUUCUUGAUCCUGCUUGGAAACAUUACUGUCAUCAGCAUCACUCUUGUGAAUCAUUUCCUUCAGACCCCAAUGUACUACUUCCUCAGAAAUUUUGCCCUUUUGGAAAUCACUUUCACCUCCACGUUCAUUCCCAGCACCCUCUACAGCCUUCUGACAGAAAGGAAGAUGAUUUCCCUGCCUGGCUGUUUCCUUCAGAUGCUGCUUUUCUUUUACCUGGGUACCUGCACAUUUUUCCACGUGGCAACAAUGUCCUUUGAUCGCUAUGUCGCCAUUUGCCGCCCUUUGCAUUACACAACGAUUAUGAACAACAGAUUUUGCCUCCAACUGGUCCUGGCUUGCUGGGCAGUGAGUUUUCUCUUGAUGUUUCCUCCCACCAUUAUGAUUGUCCAGUUGCCUUUCUGUGGUCCCAAUGUCAUGAACCACUUUUACUGUGAUACCUCUCUGUUGUUGCAACUGUCCUGCACAGACACAGGGUUCAUCGAAGGACUAAUGCUUAUCAUAAUAAUUAUCAUCAUACCCGGUACCUUAAUAGUAACUGCUGUUUCUUAUGGCUGCAUUAUUAUCACCAUCUUGCGUAUACCAUAUUCCACGGGUAGGAAGAAGGCAUUUUCCACUUGCUCAGCUCACCUUGUGGUGGUGAUGAUAUUUUACAGCACAUCUAUUUACAGGUAUAUCCGCCCAACACAGCGAGGUGGGCAGGACUCUGACGAAGUUCUUUCUUUCUUCUUCUCUGUGGUGACUCAGAUGCUUAAUCCAUACAUCUACUCACUCAGGAACAAUCAAGUCAAACAAGCCUUAGAGGAGAGCAUGCUGAAGGCAUUUUCUAGCUCUGUAAAGCAGUUAUGAAUGUUGGAGUCGCCUGUCCAAGUGACUGAAUUGUUUCCCACUUGCAACAUCAGCACUGUGUAACUGAAUGAAAGAUACUGAUUUCAAAUGGUUUAUGCUUUCUACACAUUAUGUAGUUCCUUCUUCUGUUAGCAACCAAAAUAUGCCAACACAGAAAGGAUCUUCUGUUUUCCCAGUACCUAGCCUCAGCUUUGUCUGUGUAAUUUUUACUCCUUGCUGUGGUGGGUUAGCCUUGGCUGACAACCAGAUUCCCACCCAUAUGAUCACUUGCCCCUUCUACCCCAUAGUGGGACAGAGCAGAGGCAGAAAACAGGAAAAAAAGAAAGAAGAAAUCUUGUGGGUUGCAAUAAAGUCAGAGAGAUGGUUUACCAGUUGCUGCUGGGAGCAAAACAGACUGGAUUUUGGGAAAAUCAAUUUAAUUUAUUGCCAAUUAAAAUAGCUUUAGUUUGUGAGAAACAAAGUUAAAUACUAAACCAACACCUUUACUUCCCCAUUUCCCAUGGUUAAUUUCAUUCAUUUAUUCCAGACUGCUCUACUGCUGUGCCAAGCAGCACAGGGAGGGUGAGGAGGGUUAUGGUCAAUACAUAGUGGUUUCCCCAUGCUGCUCCUUUCCUCGCACACUUUGCCUCUGCUCCAACGUGGGUUCCCCACAGGCUGCAGUGGAUAUCUGCUCCUCCGUGGAAUAUUUCCUCCUUCUCUGAUCUUGCUGUUCCCCCUGUCGUUUCUCACUCCUUUUGCUCUCCACUCCUCUCUCUAGCUGGCCAUUUCUGCCCUUUCUUAAUGAUGUUUUCCCAGAGGUGCCACCAGCUUCACUCAUGGGCUCAGCUUGGCCUGUGGUGGGUCUGUUUUGGAGCUGGCUGGAAGUGGCUGUGUCUGCCACAGAGCAGACCCUUGUCUCUUCUCAGAGAGGCCACACCUGCAGUCCCCUUGUUACCAAAAUCUUACCAUGUACACCUGUGGAGGGUUAACCUUGUCUGGCAGUCAGAUGCCCAUCAAGCAGCUCUCUAACUGCCCCUCCUCAACAGGACAGGGGGAGAAAAUAAGAAGAGAAAGCUCAUGGAUUGAGAUAAAGGCAAUUACCAAUUUCCAUCACAGGUAAUGGCUGAACCUGGAACUCCUCGGGGAGCUCAAGAGGAAAGAAAUUGUACAAUCUCUGGAAGCAAGGUCAGGCUUCUCAGGAAGAUUACAGAGCUGUGAUUUGGUAUGCCGGGAGAAGACACGAAAGGCCAAAGCUUA